AUGCAGCUCCUUGCCUCCCUCCCGUCGGCACGAUCAGCGAAAACUGAAAAGACUCUGGUGGCCUGCAUCCUUCGACGGGUGAUCCCCCUGGGCAUGCAUCGUCCAAUUCAAUUUGUCCUAGAUCGGGAAGACGACUGUGAUGCAGUGGUCUAUACACCCCAUGUCAAGUCUGCUCUGAAACGGAUUCUCAUCUGGCAAUGCGAGUUUGCAAUUGCCAUGACCGACCCGUUCGUGAUUGUCUAUCCGGGUUCUGAUGACUUCUCCCAGGGAAAGAUGGUCCGUUCCGGUGACAGCCGUUGGAGAAACUGGAGCAAGUCAGAAUUUGUCCCUGUGGUACAUUGGCUUCGUGGCUUCGAUCGAACAUGA